UCGCCAUCCAGGUCUCCAUGUCUAUCUUCUCUUAGUACUUAACAAAGUCUAUUUACCUUUUCAUCCUUCGAUCCCUCGACUUUAUUUCUCUUCUACGGUCCGGUGGUGGAUGGUGUAUUUUUUUUUCAUUCUCUCCCUCGCCCUUGUAGUUCCAUUUUCAUUUGUUGCGCUUUCUAUUCCCAUCGGACUUCGUUCUAUAUCCCUUCGUUAUCGCAUACUAUCCCUCCAUUACACAGGAAUAAAGGGUGCCAAACCUAACGAAUCGGCAAUUUUUUUUGAAAGGUCUCCCUGUUUUUUUGUCACGCAUAGUCCAACCUUGUUAUGAUUCUUACGAACAGAUCAAGUCCUCCACUACUAAACUUCGUUAUUUGAUUUCAAGCGAUUUUUCUUAUCAGCUUCCGUUGUUGUUGUUUAUCAGAAUCAGCGUUCCUCUCUCCCAGGCUAGUCUUUGGCAGUAUCACAACAGAAAAAGAAAAAUUACCCUGCAAGAUGGGAAGUGGUGCUGGUCAACGGCCACUUUCGGAAGUGAGCCCAAUGGCUCAAAGACGAAACUCUCCUAUCUGGAACCAAACCACUAAAACGAUGAGGAAUAGCAAUGACGCCUAUGAGGCCAAGUCCUCACCGCGUCUGUUUUGGCAAGGACGUGAAUCUGGAUCUCCAUUUGCGAAAAGCCAGGAAAAUCAGGCUCCUUAUGAUCCAGCCUCACCUUUUACCAAAUCGAAGCGACCAUCUAUCGAAAAUUUGAAGCGGCAAUCGCGAGUCAAGAACAGCAACAUGCUUCGUGACUAUAACCAGGAGUACGACCCAGCAAAUAUCUAUGUCCCGCACAGGCCCUUAGCAACAGUUCGGUCACCACAGAAGGAAACGCACACCGUGCAAGCAUCGCAACAGCCCAGCAGGCAGGAGACUGGCCCUGUAGGCCCACGACCGCCAUCACCCAGCAAGGAACAGGUACCUCCAGCAAAGUCCUCGCUGUCCCGCGCAAGCCGUUUUGGCAUUAAGGACAUGGGAUUUGAUCCAGAGAGUGAGAUCUGGUCUGAUCCGGACAACCGACACGCAAAAAGUGUCACAUUCGAUGCCGCUCCCCCACAAGUUAACGAGUACGAAAUGACAACGCCAGACCCAUCCUCAGUGGCCUCCGGUUCUCGCGAAGGGAGCUAUGAAACGGAUGAGGAUGAGUUCCCCGAUAUUAGUUUCGACCGCGAGUCGUCAACAGAUCGUGAGGAUAGCUUUGAUGCUUCGCUUGAGGACCUCGAGAAGACACCUGUUGUCCUACCGGAGGACUGGCGUUACAUGAGUCCAGCCAAUGCGAAUGACGAUUUGGUAAAAGAAGACGAGGACCCCUUCACCGAAGAUGAGGAAAGCCACAAUGACGAUCAACGGCCUUCAUCAUCUCGACAAGAGCCCUCCGAGAAACACUCCCGCGUUGAAUCCCUAGAUUCAAAUGGGGAGCCUCGCCCCCUUCCUCCUCUCCCAGGUCGCACCUCAUUUUCUCCACAUGCUCCAUCCCCCGGUAAGCUGGCUGCUGCAUUUGAGCUAGGAAGUGGUGGCCAGCGGGUUCUGCCAUCCCCUCCUGGACCGGCUUCCUACAGCAAGUCAGAGAUUACCGAUUUUGGUCAUUCCACAAUGCCACUGGAGGACCGGUUGCGUUUGAUGAUGAUUCAAGGAAAUGGACAGGAGAGUGCUGAAGCCGAACAUGGAGGCACAGAAAAACUGUCGACGCAUGAUGAUGACGAUCAAGGGGAAACAGCGAAUCACCCGAAGCAACCAGAGCAGCAUGACACUCAAACUGUAGCAGAGACCCUGGGAGAUACGUCGGAGGCUUUUUCCCCUCCUCAUAUCUCCAGGGACUCAAUCCUGCGUGACCUGAGGAGGAGCGAAAGCUUCUUAGAUGACUCGUUUGACGAGGCUUCUGAGAUCCCUUCUAGCCCUCAUUCUUACAUGAAUUAUGACCCCGAUAUUCCAAUUCCGUCCCUUGAAAAUGAUGAUAUAAUGCUUGACGACGGUGAUGACUAUUACGAUGAUACCACUAGCGUGGUAAUCAAAGAAGAAGAGCACGACAACGACCUCUACGAAAUACCCGACUAUUACGGAACAAUCCAGUCGAAGGAUUCGUCAAUGAAGAGCUUGAAGGAUAAGCAGACUGUCGAUGAAGAUGGGCUAUCUUCCAGCAACAAUAUGGAAGACGAUUUGACGGAGAAGGGCAGCCCUCGAAUCUCUGAAGGCCAGGCGACCCCAAUCCCCGCGGAUCGCAACGAAGAGGCUUUGAGCGAUCAGGGACCCAACGAGACCCAGGAAGAACAGGGACAUGCCCCUGCUCCUAAAAUGACAAGUAUCAAAGAGGCCUUGCAGCGUCCAACAACCCCUGAGCGUCACGAGCAAAUUUCGGAGCCCUCAACCCCAGACUCUGUAAUUCGCCAUCCUGUUGACGAAGCCAGUGACAGAGGGAGCCCGGUGGCCGAAAGUGUCCCUGACCCUAUUGCAACAGUCAAAGCCCCAGGUGGUCUCAAGACACGACCCUCGUUGACUCCAGCUGAUUUAGAGUCUAUGGCUGCCACUCGCCGCAGAAUUAGCGGACAACACCCUCCGCAUAUGCCCAUCCUCACCAAGCAGCAUUCUCAUGAAUCUGACAAAUCUGAGAAAUCCACCCCUGCUGAUUCCACUCCGCCCCAACCCAAAAAGGAAGUUUCCCAACGACAAAGCAGUCUCAUGCAACUAGAUAUCCCGUUUAGCAUCCAGGAAGAAAGCCUCGGCUUCGGUCUAGACAAGGAGUUUGACCGAGUCAUUGAAAACCAAAAGGUUGCGUUUCAGUUAUCCCUUUCCCAAUUGUACUCUCGUACCGGGCCCAUCACACAUAUGCAGGAGUCCCUUGUUAAUCAGAUAGAGCCAAUUGCUAACAACCCAAUCCCUAAACAGAGAGGUUACCUCAUGAGACACAAUACGAAAGUCAUUAUUGCAAGCAGUCGCAAUGAAGAUGAGCCCACCACUGCUUUUGAAGGCGCCCCUACAGACUCCCGUGGACCCAAAUCCGUUGCGCCGACACCCCGCAAGGCAAGCCAGCAAACUUGGACCACCGUGCCUUGGAACGGGCAGACUCGCCGCGCAAGCAUUAGACAAGCGAGCGGUAUCCGCAAAAAGCCCGUUCCUGGACCCGUGCCGCCUCUUCCAGGCCAGCAGAGCAACGUUCAAGAAACCCCAGCAACAAUCGAAGAAGCUGAGCCAGCUUUGAAUGGGGCCCUUGAGGAAGGCGAGGAGCGAGGUCGUCUAUUCGUGAAGGUUGUUGGAAUGAAGUACCUGGACUUGCCGCUUCCACGAGGCGAGAGAUCAUACUUCUCACUCACUCUUGACAACGGUCUCCACUGUGUUACUACGGCUUGGCUGGAACUCGGAAAGACGGCCCCAAUCGGGCAGGAAUUCGAACUUAUCGUGCAGAACGACCUAGAAUUCCAGUUGACUUUGCAGAUGAAGGUGGAUGACGACAAGUUCAGGGUUCAAGAACCUCCUCCUACGGCAUCUCCCACACGGCAGAAAGCGUCUACCUUCAGCAGGGUGUUUGCUUCCCCUCGCAAGCGAAAAGAAUUGGAUAUGAAACAGCAAUUGGCCUCCCAACAACAGAAGAGUAAAGAUGUCAACGCAGGUGUCUGGGACCGCCUCAGGACUCUCAUUGCUCACGACGGUAGUUUUGCUCGUGCAUAUGUGGCACUCAGUGAUCAUGAAAAAUAUGCCUUUGGCCGUCCUUACACGGUUGAUAUAGCCUGCUUCAAUGAAUGGGCCGUGGAGGACCAGCCAAGCAGUGUCAAGAGCAAGAAGAGCACCUCCAGUGCCACGUCACAACGGCGACCUCCUUACAAGAUCGGCAAGUUGGAGUUGCAGCUGCUAUUUGUACCAAAGCCAAAGGGUGCGAAUGAUGAAGAUAUGCCAAAGAGCAUGAACGCAUGCCUUCGUGAAAUGCGUGAAGCCGAAAGUGUUUCAUUCCGUAGCUGGGAAGGCUUCCUGUCUCAGCAAGGUGGUGACUGCCCCUACUGGCGGCGCCGCUUCUUCAAGCUUCAAGGUUCCAAAUUGACCGCGUACCAUGAGACAACACGUCAGCCUCGUGCGACCAUUAACCUAUCAAAGGCUGUCAAGCUCAUCGAUGAUCGGUCAUCCCUAACUCAAAAGGAGACGACAACAAGGGGAGGGAAACGGCGCAAAUCUGCCUUUGCCGAGGAGGAAGAGGGUUACAUGUUUGUGGAAGAAGGAUUCCGGAUCCGCUUUGGCAACGGUGAAUUGAUCGACUUCUAUGCGGAUAGUGCCGCGGACAAGGAUGGCUGGAUGAAAGUCCUGGCCGACGCUGUUGGCAAGGGAUCUUCCGGAAGCAGUCAAGUUAAGCAGUGGACCGAGCUCGUACUCAAGCGUGAGCGUAGCAUGAAGACGAGGCGGGAAACCACUGAUCGGCGCUUGGAUGGGCCUCUUCCUCCUCCACCUGUCAAGAAAGAUGUUCCGCCUCCACCGACAUCCACGCCGGCGCCGGCAGCCGCACCGCCACGGGCUAAACAUCGCUACACUCAGUCUCAGCCCGAAGUUCGCAGUGCGGAUACUCGGCGUCAGAAAGCGCGCUCUUUGAUCUUCUAGAAACAGAAAACAUCCCCAACAGGUUGGAUUGCUUUGGUUUGCGUGACAGACCCCUUUGUUUCUCUUCUUUUCUUUCUUUUUCUUUUUUGUCUCUUGUGCGCUUGACUUUUGUCAUAUAGGCCCUGUCUUCUCAGUUUAUUCAUUUGUUUUGUUUACAUUUCUCGCGGUGUUGGUGUACAACUGGUGUAUUGACUUCCCUCUGUGUUUCCUCUUGUCCAAAGUCCUUUCCACCAGCACCGAGCGUUGUGUUCCAUUCUGUCGUACAUUAAUGAUACAUAGCGUCUUUCUUUUCUCCGUCAAUAAUUUAGUUUGUUCUUUUUUUUUUGUUCAUCGUGUCUUGUACCAGAGGUUAUAUGUAGUCGCCCUUUUAUCUGGUUAAAACUAUAGCCGUAACCACCUAGACCCGUGUCGCAUGAAUAAAAGUUAUUCUCAU